AUGUCACGCCAAACCCCUCCACUGUCCAAGAAAGCACCAAAGGAUGAAGACUGCAUAGUUCCAAAUUGGACGGACGAGGAAACUGGCCGCCUUAUCAACCUUCGAAACGCGAGCCCCGAUGUAUCAUGGGAAAUGUUUAAGAGAGAAUUUUACUUUCCCUACAGAACCUCAGCCCAACUAGAGCAGGAGUACACAUCUCUCACUGAAAAGAGUGUCCCACGAAAGAGAGCCAGGAGUGAAGAUGAUGACGGUGAUAAUGUUCCCACGAGACCUAAUAAAAAACGCUCAAAAUCAGAAUCGAAUGUUGGUGACAGUAUUCAACGGCAUGCAUUUGACCAAAACGAGCCGAUACAACUUCCAAAAGGUCCUGAACCGACGGUAUCCAACCCUGGUGCUGGGAAUCGGUCAGGAUACGCGCAACAGCUACCCGACCAGGCUGUUGUCGCGGGAGACAGUCACGCUCCUCAUCGUCCGCAAGAUCCAACGACAUCCACCGGCACCACAUCGAACUUAUCACAAACUCAACAGGAACCGACUCCCCCUCCGAAUCCGGCAGCAUCUACUCAUGCACACAGAAGAAACGCAACCAGAAAACCAAACUGGAAUUCAUUCUUCCUUCCCCUCCGACCAGCACCAGCUCCGCCGCGCGCUCCGCAGAUUCCAUCUAUCUCCCCCUCCGGCCAUGUCACGCCUCGACCUCAGCACGGCGAUGCUCAACAGGUGGAAGACAUACUUCCCUUCUGGAUGCGGAGAGGGAGUUUACCGAGUGAUGGUAACAUGUCCUCAAUAUCAACCAGGCUGUCUGCGCUGCAAGGGAUUGGCGAGUCUGUUUCGAGCGAAAUAGGAGAGAUUGGGAGGAGCAUUACCGCUGUCUCUGAGCGUCUAGGCACGGUGUUCGGCUCUGAAUCAACAAACGCUCUCACACAAGCCAUUACCUCUCUUAACGCAAACCCAGAUCCAAAUGCCGCGGCAUCGGGCGGCCUUCCGGCAGGCUCAUCGGAGGUAUUUGAUUCCCAGGGUCACGCUGAAGUUGAUGGGCUUGGUGGAGAUGGAGAAACGACGGAGGAUAUGGGAGAGGAGGAAAUUGACGCUGGGAAUGCGACAGACGCGGAUGACAACUUCCCGUGA